UUGCACCAGAUACUAGCAUGUUAGCUUAUUUUAACGGUGGCAGCUCUGAAUCGGUUACCAUCUCAGGCGGUAAAACGCCGACAGUCUUUUUUUCAGUCUCCGCUCUAUUAUUUAUUGACAACUAUUUGGGUCACAAAGGACUGAGAGCAAGCGACAAGACGCAGCAGCGGGCAAAUGUAAAACCCGAUGUCAGACGGUCCGGGUGAUUCACUCGGGUCAGUCUCGAGCUUGCGGGCGGCUUCUCGCUGCGAGGCAGCGCUACAGCAGAAACGGCAGGCGAGUGGCAUCCGUCGGACGAAUACUUCCCUCACUUUCGGUAGAGUUACGGCUAUAGUGUGACGGGCUGCAGGACAGUACGGAGAAAAUAAAACUGCGGAUCUAAACAGUCUUCGAUUUCUUCAUCGUCACUUUCAAGAGAUUAAAAGAAGAAAAGGGACUUCUUUAAAAUGAAUGGCAUUCAGUCUCUACAUUGGAACAUUACACAAGAGUCUUUUAAUAUCUCCUGGAAUUCAGAUGAUGAUUUUUAUGAACUUGACAUUAUGGUUGAGACUGUGAUCCUUCCUUCUCUUAUUGGAGUCAUCUGCUCAACUGGAUUUGUUGGAAAUAUCUUCAUUUUGCUGACUGUCUUAAGGUCUGCAAAGAAGACCAUCCCAGAUGUAUAUAUUUGUAACUUGGCGGUUGCUGACCUAGUUCAUGUUAUUGGAAUGCCAUUCUUGAUUCACCAAUGGGCACGAAGAGGAGAGUGGGUUUUUGGAAGCCCCCUUUGUACCAUCAUUACAUCACUAGACACAUGCAACCAGUUUGCAUGUAGUGCAAUCAUGACCGCCAUGAGCUUGGACAGGUAUCUUGCACUUGUGCAUCCUUUUCGUCUGACAAGCCUCAGAACGAGGUCAAAGACCAUAAGAGUUAAUCUGUGUCUUUGGGCCUUCUCUUUCAUCUUAGUUCUACCUGUGUGGGUCUACUCUAAAGUCAUUAAAUUUAAAGAUGGCUUUGAAAGUUGUGCAUUUGAUUUAGCUUCACCUUAUGAGGUUCUUUGGUAUACAUUGUACUUGACCAUUACUUCUUUCUUUUUUCCACUUCCUCUUAUUCUGCUCUGUUACAUCUCCAUACUUUGCUACACCUGGAAGAUUUAUAAACAGAACAAGAAAGCUCAAAGGUACAGUACAACCAUUCCACGUGAAAGAGUAAUGCGUUUGACUAAAAUGGUCCUGAUACUGGUGGGCGUUUUUCUUUUGAGCAUAGCACCCUAUCAUGUGAUUCAGCUGGUAAACCUGCAGAUGAUAAAGCCAACACUUACAUACCAUGUGUGUUAUUACAUUUCCAUCUGCCUCAGCUAUGCCAGCAGCAGUAUCAAUCCUUUCCUUUACAUAUUUUUGAGUGGAAAUUUCCGCAAAAGACUUACAAAUUGCACCAAUAUACGGAAGAAGAAGAAUGAGAGGGAACCUAAUAAUAUUGAAAGUACCCUAAAGUCAAGUUUUUAGUAAUUUGAUGAACAGUAAAUCAAGAUCUUCAAUAUGUAAUCAAAGGCUAAAUACAAAAAUAAUAAACUACUUCUAAAAAGAUCUCUACAGAUAUUAUAUUUGGCAAGAAGUAUUAAAGGAAAUGUCGUAAAAUGUUCCUUUGUGAAAGAUGUUUAAAGGGGUGGUACAAGUAGGAACCUGGGGUUCAGUGCUCAACCCUGGCACUACUGGAUGUCUGCAUAUUCUCUCUGUUUCCACUGGGUAUUCAUUUUAUCUCUCACAUUUCAAACACUUGGCAACUCUGUCAACUCUAAAUUGAGGUGGUACGAAUCACUUGUAGGGUAAUGUGCAUACCUAUCUGUGCUUUAUGAAUGACUGUUGUCUAAUCCAUGAUUUUCUCCUACCUUAAACUAAGACUUUUUGGUGAGACUGUGGUACACUAUGGUCCUGUAAUGGACUAAACAGGUUGAAAUGGAAAACAUUUUAAAAGCAAAACAUUUACUCAUACUCUUGAGAAGACUUUAUAGUUUAAUUAAUGUGUUAACAUUAAAUUAAUUUUGUCCAUAUAUGUGCCAUAUUUCCCCGGGGGACAAAUAAGAAUUUGUUUUUGCACUUUUCACAACACACCCCCAAAAUGCAACUUAAUGUAUACCAUAACAUCAUCAACUAUUAAGUUCAAACUGGAAAAAAUGGAAACCACAAAAACACUGUAUAUCUAAAGGCAUGCAUGCCGCCAAGUAUAAUUCACAUUAGAACCCUUAGCAAAGUGCAAGAAUAAAACAUCAGCUUGUAUGUGUCUAUUUUCAAAUGUUUAUUUACUCAAAUCCUAAUAAAAUAUCUUUAAAAUCUGUGAGUCAUUGUUCAUGUAUGUAAUACAAAAGAGAACACAAUAGCUAUAGAACAAUCCUCUAUUCUGAUUUUAUGUAUUGCCCUAUUGCCUUUACAUCAAGUGUCACACUUAAAAAUUGUCGGUUAGUAGGAAUACAGACAGCCUCUUGCCCAUGUACACCCAGCUGGGCACCCAAGGAAAAUUAAAAAUAAAGAUCAUUCCCUUGCCCAGGAUUUCAUCUUUAUGGCAUGCAGCUAUGCAGCAAUGGAUGCCAAUAAAAACUAGGAGCCAAAACAAAUAAUUGACUACAGCAUAAAUAUUAAUAAUUCAAUUUGGCUUCAUUCACUAGCUUAUCAUUGCUGAAACUUCCCACCAGGGUGUUACACUUCCCAGUUUCAGGCCUCACUCUGAUCUUUUCCUGUUAUAAGCUCAUGGUGCUCAUGUCAGCUGCUGCACUGAUACAUCGGUUGUUUUUUUUACUGAUAAUAUGCGAGUUGCAAUAAAACAUCCCCAGUAUAAGAAAUGUCAAUAAACCAGUUCAGAGAAAUAAUAUACAAAUUAGUACCUGUAGAAUAUGUGUGCCAGUGAGCUCACCCAGUAUGUUCUUACAUCCUGGCAUACAGUCAUGAGAGUCUGGAUGUACCCGUGUCUCUCUCUCUCAUUCCAUUCUUUAAUAAACUACUGAUAUUUAAAGUCAUGUUUUCAUAUGUAUUAACAUUAACUACUUCAGCUUCAAAAAUACGGUGUACAGUAAUUACUUUUUUCAUAAUUUGUUUUUGUCACUACAUUACACUUUAGAGUUAGAAUUUUGAGUACAUUUUUAUAUCAACAAUUUACAGACAAUGUGUAUGGCAUAGUGUAUAAAGUGAAAUGGACAAAAGCACAAUGUAAAUGGAACGCAAUACCAUAAAUGUAAACUAAUAUUGUAUUGUACCUUGUACACUGUAAUUAGUACAUAUGCAAAAACUGGAUGUAGAUGUGUGUAUAUUUUUAUUUGUCAAUUUGUUUUGAGCUUUAUUUAAAUUGAAAGGCUGUUUAGGUGUUCUUCUGUGUUUAUUAAAAAUCAAUACAUGUUUGGGGAAAAUGUAGAUAUUUAAAAAUUCUAUCGUUAAUGUUAAUGAUUAUCCCCUAAUAGAAAUUAAAAGAUUAAACAAUAUUAAAAAUAGUAUAUAUUUUUAUGAGUUAGAAUAUGGUGCUUAUUUUUCUUAUAACUAUUAAUGUGUAUAAUAUAUACUAUAUACUGUACAUACAGGGUGACCAACUAAAAUGUAUACAUUUUGUAAAUAAAAAAAAUCAUUUUUAGUUUCCAGAUAGCAUCAUACAAUACAUACUGUACAUUAUUAACUUUUAGAUUUUAUCAUCAAAGAACAUUUUAAGCAAGCCUGUUAUUAUGAAAAUGUAAUUUUUUUUUCAGUUUUAACUUUAAAUUAAAUAUUAUUUAAAAAGAUGAAGGUCAGACAAAAUUGUUUUAUAUGUUUGUUGAUUAUAACAUGAAUUAUGAGAUGAUAAUAAAAAUGAAUGAUUUACUAUAUUUUUUGGUAAAAAAAAAAAAUCUGUCAUUUAAAUUAUAUA